CCGCCGCCGCCGCCGCCGCUGCUGCUGCCUCCCGCCCCGCCGCACGCUCAGCCCUUCCCCGCAGCCCCGCGCGCCGCCGAGUCGCUGAGCCCCUGUCGCCGGACGGGACGGGCCCGGCCGCGCGCGCCCCCCGGGCCCCGCCGCGGGCAUGGGCGCGCUGCUCAGGGCGCUGCUGCUGCCGCUGUUGGCCCAGUGGCUCCUGCGCGCGGCCCCGGCUUUGGCCCCGGCGCCCUUCACGCUGCCUCUCCGGGUGGCCUCCACCACCAGCCGCGGGGCUGCGCCCACCCCUGGGCCCGGACCCCCAGCCGAACCCCGCGCCGACGGCCUGGCGCUCGCCCUGGAGCCCGCCGGGGGAGCUGCCAACUUCUUGGCCAUGGUGGAUAACCUGCAGGGGGACUCCGGCCGCGGCUACUACCUGGAGAUGCUGAUCGGGACCCCUCCGCAGAAGCUGCAGAUACUCGUUGACACUGGAAGCAGCAACUUCGCCGUGGCCGGUGCCCCGCAUCCCUACAUCGACUCUUACUUUGACGCGGAGAGGUCCAGCACCUACCGCCCCAAGGGCUUUGAUGUCACCGUGAAGUACACGCAAGGGAGCUGGACCGGCCUUGUUGGGGAGGACGUUGUCACCAUCCCCAAGGGCUUCAAUAGCUCUUUUCUUGUCAACAUUGCCACCAUCUUUGAGUCGGAGAAUUUCUUUUUGCCUGGGAUUAAGUGGAAUGGGAUCCUCGGACUGGCUUAUGCCACCCUGGCCAAGCCGUCAAGUUCUCUGGAGACCUUCUUUGACUCCCUCGUGGCACAAGCGAAAAUUCCCAACGUGUUCUCCAUGCAGAUGUGUGGGGCUGGAUUGCCAGUGGCUGGAACUGGUACCAACGGAGGUAGUCUUGUCCUGGGUGGAAUUGAACCAACUUUGUACAAAGGAGACAUCUGGUAUACCCCUAUUAAGGAGGAGUGGUACUAUCAGAUAGAAAUUCUGAAAUUGGAAAUCGGAGGCCAGAGCCUUAAUCUGGACUGCAGAGAGUAUAACGCCGACAAAGCCAUCGUGGACAGCGGUACCACACUCCUGCGCCUGCCUCAGAAGGUGUUUAAUGCCGUGGUGGAGGCUGUGGCCCGCACGUCUCUGAUUCCAGAAUUCUCUGACGGUUUCUGGACUGGGUCCCAGCUGGCCUGCUGGACGAAUUCUGAGACACCUUGGUCUUACUUCCCUAAGAUUUCCAUCUACCUGCGAGACGAGAACUCCAGCAGGUCAUUCCGCAUAACUAUCCUGCCUCAGCUUUACAUCCAGCCCAUGAUGGGGGCUGGCCUGAAUUAUGAAUGUUACCGGUUUGGCAUUUCACCUUCCACAAACGCGCUGGUGAUUGGUGCUACCGUGAUGGAGGGCUUCUACGUGGUCUUUGACAGAGCUCGGAAGAGGGUAGGCUUCGCAGCCAGCCCCUGUGCCGAAAUUGCAGGUGCUCCAGUGUCAGAAAUUUCGGGGCCUUUCUCAACAGAAGAUGUAGCCAGCAACUGCGUCCCAGCCCUGCCUGUGAAUGAGCCCAUUUUGUGGAUUGUCUCGUAUACUCUCAUGAGCGUGUGUGGAAUCAUCCUUCUUAUCUUAAUCAUCCUGCUGCUACUUCCACUCCGAUGUCGGCAUCUCCCCCGGGACCCUGAGGUUGUCAAUGAUGAGUCCUCUCUCGUCCGGCACCGCUGGAAAUGAAGAGAAAAGCCUGAACUCCAAUGACCUUGAACUCCACAAUCUAGACAGUUGAAUUCAAGUGCAGCAGGCAGGGGUUAGAAGGCAAGGUUUCUUCCUGUGUCCCUUAGUCUUAAAUCUCUGUUCCACUCCUGAUGCCUUCCAGAUGCACUGUAUUUUGAUUCUUGAUUUUAAAGCUUCCUCCUUCUCCCCUACUUCCAAAGAAAAUGAUAAUAACAAUAAUAAUAAUAAAAAGAAAGCACCUCAUUUGUAAUCAAAACAGAGUGAAUUGGGCUUCAGGCUUUACGUAGCUGGUUAUGCCAAACUAGCUAGGUGUGCUACCAAAAAAACCAAAAAAAAACUCAUAAGCCUUGGCUAGUUCUCUUCUCCCUCCCAUCUCUUGAGAAAUAAGUGCAUAUGGUUUAUAACUCUUCUUUGCUAAUGGGAAGCUUUUUUUUGUCUUAAUUGCAUUUAAGGGUAUUUUGUACCAGGCCUCAGCCUGGGUCAGAGUGGUGUAAGAAGGCUUGUGAUAUGAUGGCAGAGGAAGAAGUCUGGGGCCUAAUGAUAUAACCAUCCUGCCCCCUUCUGAGUCAGCAGAAGAGCAGCAGGCCCCUUUUCUGGGUGUCUCUGUGCUCUGAACAGGAGCGGGAAUCCACUCAAGUUUUCACCAGCCUCUUCUGAAGACAGAAGGCCUUCGAGGGAGAAGGAAGCCUAGUCUUGUACUCAAUACUUCUAUAGUAUUGUGGGUAUAGAAGUAAAAACUACCUCUGUUGAGACUUUGCCCAGGGUCCUGUGCCUGGGUGGGGGUACAGGCAGCCUGGCUCCAGCCUUGCCCUCACCUCAAUCCUCUUUCCAGCAGGCGAGACGUAACAGGUGCUGAACCCCACAUCAACCUGGAGACGCUCUGUCACCAAGCUGGUUCUCAUCACCUAUGCUUCCUCUUACUUAAAAUGAAUAAACACUGUUUUAAGGAGAAAAAAAAAUCCAUUUCACUAGUUUGGUUCUUCUUCCAAGUCUCUUCUGCAGGUAGGUUGCUGAUUACUCUUUGGGGAAAUAGGAAAAUGGCUCAAUGCCAAUUCUUCUGACCAGCUCCCAGAGGAAAGACAGCACAAGACAUGCAAAGGAUGCGAGGGAACGUCUACAUUUUCCUGGGCUUUGGAACCAUGUGCUUGAACACACCCAUCUGAAACAGCUUUAACAAGUCUGUCAAGCAGCUCACCUAGAGGCAUCUUCCCUUUGGUGUGUUCAGUCUUUGGUUGAUGAAUUGGGGGUGCAGGGGUAUCCUUGUUAGGGGAAAUCCACACUUGCUGUCAUUUAUUUGAGGCCUUCGAGAAAGAAAAGCAGACGUCUUUAACUUGAUGUAAUUAGAAGGGCUUAAAGCCAAUAUCCCUUCUCUUGCUGCAUGCCAAGUUCAAGCUUCCCUUUGCAUGGCUGUUGGGAUGGACUGGAUAAAUGAUACAAUCCCCCUGGAAGGGCUAACUGAAGUAUUUCUUCUGGCUGGAGUGUUUUCUGUGUUCCAGAUAGGCUUCACAUGGAUGUUUCAGCCACCUGCCCACUCGCAAGCUCCCUGGGUCACCUCCAAAUUGAGAAAUAUGUGAGCAUGCCAAAGAGAUGCAGGGCCACUUAUACAUGUCUUGUUGUCCUCACAGACUCUCUAGCGGCUCCAGGAAUCCGUGGGAUUCUCGUGGAGGAGGUUUGAGUUGCAUCUUAGAACAUGGAUCUUCUAUGUUCUUCCAGACUCAGGGCAGGCAUGGCCAUGGUGGGAACGACACCUUCUUGAGAUGGGAUGAAGGCAGGAGAUUCUGUCAUAGGAAGCUCAUGAUCAUUUCCGGUCUCAGCUGGUUGAGAGGUAAUCGUUUCAGAAUACCUUUCCAAGCUCGAAAUCUCUGCAAGUCCAAAUCUCUUUCCAUGGGUGCCUGUUUCGGGGGCCGCUUUAGCUAGAAGUGAAGGCAGCAGCCUCUCAUGUCGCUUUCCCCUCGCUGUGGAGAAUCUGAACCUCUGAAAUCAAAGGAAGGAAUUGCCAGUAUGACCUGGUUCGUUUUGCUCCUUAUUGUUUUAUGCAAGCGUCUUCUGUUCUGUUUUUCCAUGUUUGGUUUCUGGGAGGAGAGCUGGGGACCGUUUCUAUUGCCACAGAUGAGCGGGUACUGUUCCCAGAAUACUUGAGAAUAGCAAGUUAGAAUCCAGCCUUGGGUACGUGAAUGGAGUUUGCUAUAACGCUCUGUAUUUCCUAUCAAAUUUCUCAUCUGUAUUUCCUAUCACCUUUUCAUCUGAGGUGUCAUUGGAUGUGACAUUUUAAUGGAAUGACUUGCAUUACAAAAGCAUAACUUAGCAACAAGAAUGAAAUAGACAAUUGGAAGUGGGGCAUUUUCCUGGCAUGCCUUGCUGCUGAAAAUUGGGCGUGGGGUCAAAACUGUUAGUGACACCCACCUUCUCCAGUUAAUGUAAAUUGAUGCUUAGCUUGGCAGACCUUCAAGGAGGCUUGCUUUGAACAGGAAAGGAGGUGCCAGUCCUUUGGGGUGUCAUUUUUACCUCGCAGCACACUCUGGAAGGUACUGGGAGAUGGUCUGCUCCUGAAAGAUGCACCUUAGCAUUAGAUGGUCAUCAAAGCCGUAUCACCUCCCUGAUGGGAAACAGACCCUUCUACACAAGCAAUGUUUUCUUAAAUAGGCCGAUGCUUCAUAUCUUGACAAGUUAUUCAGAAGUCUGAAAUGAAAUCCUAUCUUCAGAAACGGAAGCUGUGUAUGAAAAAUAGCAAGACAUGAGCUGGGGAUAGAUUCUAUGUGUCCCCCGACUGGAACGUAAAAGAACCACAGUGAUUGGUAUCAGGUCACCGUGGCAUUUUACCGCACACUAUUUCGCAUUUCUUACCACCUCAGAGCAGGCACCUGGCGUUAGACACAGAUUCCUUGCCAGUGAUGGUGGGAAACGUCCCCUGAACACAGCCCACUCCCAAACUUCUGAAAGGAUUUUUUUUUUUUAACCUGAUUCUGGGAAACGCAGAGGUUUCGGUUAGAGAGAAAUUUGGGGUCAGUUAGAUUCAAAACUAUGACAGUAACUCACGACAUUGCAGCAGUAACAACCUCACAGAGCUUUGGGUAGCAGAUUUUGCAAAGUAGUUUUGUUUCGUGUUUUGCUUUUUAGGGCCACACCCACAGCAUAUGGAGGUUCCCAGGCUAGGGGUCGAAUUGGAGCUGCAGCUGCCAGCCUGCACCACAGCCACAGCAAUGCGGGAUCUGAACCAAGUCUGCAACCUACACCGCAGCUCACAGCUGCGCUGGAUCCUUAACCCACUGAGUGAGGCCAGGGAUCGAACCCAAGCCCUCAUGGAUACUAGUUGGGUUUGUUAACCACUGAGCCACGAUGGGAACUCCCUGCAAAGUAGUUUUGAUCUGGGGGUUCCAUUUUCCCCUUUAAGAGAAGAGAGACCACUCUCUCUAUUUGAUAGGUUCUCCUCUGAAAUGGAAAUUUUGUUAAUUCCCUCUUACCAGGUCCCCACUGCUGGAGCUGCCAGGCUUGGUUCAGUUCCAAGUUCUGGCCUAGAGCCACUUGAUGUCCCUGGAAAUAAAUCGCUGCCCAACAGCCUGUUCCGUAAACAAUCAUUGAGUUUCAUAGACUUGAUCAUUAGCAGAAACCAAAUGAUUGGGCGGAAUCCCAGUGCGUUUUUCUCUUGCACGAACUUAUUAGAAUUGAUUGCAGAACUGUUCAGAGGAAAGACUUGCCACUAAGAUAUUUUUUUCUUUUUUGGGAAAGACAACCAAACACCAUAAAACAUAAAAGAAUGGGUUUUGCCAAGACAGAUUCCGGUGCCAAGAAGACUCCACACAACAGAAGUUAUUGUGUACGUUUCUAGUGGGUUUUAAGAAUUUCAGAUUUGAACUUAAGACAGUUUACCCAUUAAAUAGCAGGAUGGAAAAAUAUGGUUUUGAGAGGAGGGAACAUAAAAAUAUAAGUGAAAGUAUAACAGAACUAAGAAAAUAAGCAGAAUUAGCUCUUUUGGAAAAGUAGCCCUAAUUCCAGGACUCCUCGGGUAUCUUUUACCCUGAACUGGAUCCGUUGGGGAUGUGAUUUCGUUCACACAGCUGCAAACCCCAAACUUCACGAACAUUCAAGCUAGAGUCACGUGUCAGAUGUCCGCACAGAAAAAAUGAGAGAAGGUGGCCCCUUAUGCUCUGUGUUGCCCAAUCCAGGUGAAGAUCGAUUUAUUCAAGGAACAGAGUAGGUGAUGGUUGUGAGAAAAUUCUAGAACCUAGGAAGGGCGGUGGGGGAAGAAGCAGUAUCUCCUGACCCGCAAAUGACAGCAAAGAUCUGGACACACGGAGAACAUUCCACGAUGUCCCAGGAAACUCAUUUCCUUGAGUUUGGGGCACAGCCUACGUUUUAGGAAUUUUCCAAAGCAAACUCUCAGGCUUUAUAAUGUGUCAAAGAGAAGCUUGCCUGGCACGGGUCACUUCUAACAAAACUAGCGACACCUGAAGUCCCCAUUGGGACCUUGUCCUUAGGCUGCGGGUUCAAGGUUGUGCCCUGGGAAGUUCAAAGGGCAGGGUCCAGAGUCUGGAGCCAAAGAGGAGUGGACAGAGUUUGGGAUCUGAGCAUCUGGGGAAAGCUCCCGGCUGCAGCCAUCCUGCUUGACAGUCACCUUGGAAGUCAGAGAUAUCAGAGCAGCCACGUCCCCCAGCCCUGCUGGCCAGCCCGUGGACUCAGAAAGAGCCCUGCAGCUUCCUGACCACACGCCUGCUCCCGGGACACCUGCUGUCAGGGGCACUUCCAGAAAGAAGAGCUUGGGGGGUGGGCAGCAGAAGGGUCCCCGAGGGCACUGCGGUGCCCGCUGGGAGCCCCUGCACCUGCAAUCUGGCGGGUCCAUGCGGUCACCGAGCACAUCCCAGAAUCCCAAUCAUAAUCAGUGCAGCUCAUUGCGCUCCCACGGGGGACUCCGAACGCAAAGCCGGCCUUCAGCCCCCAGGAGAAUGGCCUCCCCGGGCAGAAGAGAGUUGGCAGCGCUGGGGGCUGUGGGCGCGAGAGCGAAGCCAGGCCUCCGAGUGCAUCUGCAAAACCUCUGUCCACUGGGAUUAAGUGGGUGUGUCCAGAAGACACGGCUUGGACCAAUCAGGAUGGUGUUUUCUCUUCCACCCCUGGCUUUCUCGGGUUUCUUACAAUCAGAUAUGCCAUAUGGACAGAUGUCCGGCGCUUCUAAACUCCGGUGUGCCCUGUGACAUCACAGCGCACAUGCUCUUAAAGGGAGCCCGGUACCAACAGCUGGCAAGAGGCACGUGAAGGAUCCAGAUAAAUUCAGAUGGAGCCCGCGGCAGGAGUGACUCCAGGGCCCCUGAUCUUUGGCGUCGGGAGCCUCACCGUGUCGGGUGAAGCCCUCGGGUACUUGUUGGGACACCACUGGCAGGGCAGUGGUCCUGGAUGUGUCUGGGUAGCAUCUGGGGAUGCAGGAGAGUGUGUGAUGAUAAACUCUCCAUCUCACCUCUAGACAUGGGCUGGUCAGGGCUGGCCGGUGCCCUGGGAGCAGCAAUGACAAGUGGGUGGUUCUUUUUGCAGAUGGAGAAUUAUUUACAGAAGAUCGACUAGGUGAAGUUUCAAUUGUAUGUACCAAGGGUGUAGCCCACACAUAUCAGUCUGAGUUGAAUAUUUUGCCAGUGUGUAUUUAUAAUUACAAACCAUCCAAUUACAAAUUAUAGAUGUAUAAAGUAGAUUUCAAAUAAGCACAGCUAUCAUACUAAUGAUACCACUAAAAGGAGAUUUGAAGUCCUUUUUUUUUUUCUAAUGGCCACAGCAUAUGGGAGUUCCCAAGCCAGGGAUUGAAUCGGAGCUGCAGCUGUGACCUACGCUGCAGCUACUGCAGCAACAUGGGGAUCCUUUAACCCACUAAACUGGGCGGAGAUUGAAACCACGCCUCUGCAGCAACCUGAGCUGCCGCCGUUAGGUUCUUAAUCCGCUGCACCACAGUGGGAAUUCCUGAGACUUGAAGCCUUGAAAAUCUUUGAAACUUAGCCUGAUUUGACAUUGAUGUUUUUCCAUAGAUUUGCCUUCACUUAGGUUGGAAUAAUUGUGUUUUUAUUCAUGAUGCAUGCACAGGUCACAAGAGCAUGAGAAGCAAUUUUUAAAGUCUUAAGGGCUUAUUUUUUCCUCUGUUAAAUGCUGCAUUUGGAGGUAGCUGAAAGUCUCCUGACAUAACUAAGGUUUCAGCUUGUUUCAUGUCACCAGACCCUUACUUUCUAAGUGGUCAGUGUUUCUGAGUGCAAGUUAAGAAAAUGUUCAAAAAUUGGAGUUCCCUGGUAGCCUAGUGGGUUAAGGAUCCAGCAUUGUCACUGCUGUGGCCCAGGUUCCAUCCCUGGCCAGGAACUUCUGCAUGCCACAAGCAAAGCCAAAAAAAAUUUUUUAAGGAAAAUAAAAAUCAUCUUUAUGAGAUAAAGAAAAAGUAAGCAAGCCUAACUAAAGAUCUAUUAAUUUGUAAUGAAAAUCACCAAGAAUAAAUAUCUGUAAUUCCAGUGUCUUAUACAAUUUUGCUUUCUUUGUUGCUAGUGGUAACAACUUGGACUUUUUUUUUUUUCUCAUUUUCCUAACUGUGGAUGUCAGGUUACACCUUCUCGUCAGUGAGGCUGUAAAUUCCGUUUAGGAUUGGAAUUUGUAUAAUGUAAGCGAAAAGAAUGAAUGGGAUUUACCAUGUGCUGAUAACGAUUUGUGUUUUUGUCAUCUGAAAUGAGGUGUUUGCUACUAUUUCUGUUCUUUCACCCCGUUAAAUAUACUUCAAGUUUAAAAUCCCUGUGUUCAGUCACUUAAAGCAGCCACUCAUUUUUUUCUCAAACUUUUCUGCACCAGCAAUGUUCCUGUUUGGGCUUAAGAGCGGCAAGACUUUUAUUCUUUAAAAAAAUAGAAUAAAAAAAGCCUUCAAGUAGUGCUUUAGAAAAGGUGUUGAUAUGUGUGCCUCAGAUUUACCUACCUUGAGACACAAUACUGAAGUGUAACUUGUGUUUCUGAAAAUGCUUUGGAUUGUCUUUUAUUCCCCUGUUGGAAUUUUCCUCUGUGUCUAGUCUGUCGUGUUGAUUUAAGUCAAAGUCGUGAUGGGACCAGAAGCUGGAGAACAGAGGUGUUCACCCCAUCUUUAGAUGGGACCUCCUUGGGCACCGACCAGGAUCCAAAUUGUUAGGCACCUCAAACGUGGACUUUUCUACAAUAGUCUUAUUUUUAUACCUGUUUGCUCCACCACUUUGAGAUGUGUCGCAUUGAAAAAGAAAUAAAAGAGCUUGCUUUGUUUGAAUAAAUACCACUUCCAACUUG